CUCUUACCCCUCCUUUUUUCUUCAUCCUCAUGAAAAACCUCAUGUAACUGAAAGGUAUAAGCUAAGGCUUUCUUCUGGUUGUAAUGGCUACCCAAACCGCAGUCAAUGGAAACGCAAAGGGAACGCCUGAAUCAAUAUUGGAACCAGCGUAUAUGGUUGCUGUUGGCGGUGGUCUAAGCGGUUCUAAAGCCAAAACCAGAACGUAUACCGGAAGAAAAGGUCAUAUCACCACCUCUCGUUAUCUCAGACCUAAGAUCAGUUCUUGCCAUGAUCGAUGUAAAACUGGUGUCAGAGAUGAACCGCCGGAGUUGAAGAAACCUGGAAGAAGAUUGGGAGUAAGAAAAAUGUGGGUCAAAAAGAAACCCGCAAGAAUAAGUGUAGAGCCUGUUGAGAGAAAGAAGAUGACAAAACCGAAACCUAUUCCACGUCCCAAAAUCGGUGCACGUGAAGAACCUACAAACCGAAAAUCAACUCAAAAUGAGCUCAAAUUGCCUAUAAAACAUGUGAAACCAAAGCCAAGUUCUUCAUCUGUCAUCAAUGGUCAAAAGAAUAAAAAAGAAGUAACGAAUAACAGAAACGCAGGUAUUGUAGGUAAAUCAACUUCUGCGGAACAAGGGGCGCAUAAGGCUGCUAACACUAGGUCGUCGCCCAGAAAACAUAAACCCGAGUCUCCUCGAAAAGAUAAAGGAAGUAAGACAAAAGCCAAGAUCAAGCAGUUAUUAGCCGAGAAGAUUACUGAGAUAACCUUGAACGAAGCUGAAAACGAAGAACUGGAAUCUGUCCCUCCAACUGUUGAAACAAUUGAGUCUCCUUUAAAAGAUGAACGCAAUAUGAAAGAAACCAAGCUCGACCAGUUAAUAGACGAGAAGAUUACUGAAACGACCUUGCACGAAGCUGAGAAUGCAGAGACCAUUGAGUCACCUUUAAAAGGUGAAGAAAGUACGACAAAAACCAGGCUCAAGCAGUUAACAGCCGAGAAGAUUACUGAAAAGACCUUGCAAGAAGCUGAAAGUGCAGAGUCGGAAUCUGUCCCUCCAACUGAUGAAACCAUCGAGUCUCCUCCAACUGUAAUAACAGAAUCAACUAAUCUUUCAAGUUCUGAAAGCUCUCAAUCUCCUUCAGACAAACAAGUUUCAGAAGAACGCGAAAACUCUAAAUCUUUUUCCGACAAACAAGUUUCAGAAGAACGUGAAACCUCUAAAGCUUCUUUAGACAAACAAGUUUCAGAAGAAGAACGUGAAAACGCUAAUAAUGGAGAAGUUAAUGUGAGCGAAGAUGAUGACAAGACGGUAAAACGCCAAGACAAAGAAAACGAGGGAUCUAAAGGUAAGUUCAUGAGGGGAAGGACUGUUGUUGAGUCUGAGGAUGUUGAUCCUAGGAGGCUUAUCAUCGGAAAAGGGAAAAUCCCGGAGGAUGAGGAUGAUGGUCCAACGUGGCUUAAAUUUAGGAGAGGUAAAACCGUGGAGGGUGAAGAGGAUGACGGUCCAACGAAGCUUAACUUUAGGAGAGGCAAAAUCCUGGAGGAUGAUGAAAUUGAUGAGAGUUUUGCUAAAGUGAACUUUAAGAAGACAAUCGUUGAAGAACCAACGGAUGAUGGUAAAAAUGAGUCCGAAACGGUAACCUUGAAGCAUCAAGAGAUGCAAAAAAAGAAAGAAGCACAGGAGUUGCUGAAUCGUAUGAUAGAAGAAACUGCGAGUAAGCUUGAAAUUGACAGGAAGACUAAAGUAGAGGCAUUGGUGGGUGCUUUCGAAACAGUGAUCUCUCUAAAAGAUGAUGCCCCUGAGAAAUCAUGAGGUCUUGUUCACAAAUUUAAAAAAAAAAUUAACCUUUGUACAUAUUUAUGUAUAGAUGAAGGGCUGAUUUUGCAA